CCGUCUCUUCUCCGGUUAGGCGCGCGCGAAAGUAUCGGAGUGAAAUCUCACGAGCUCGCACUGGUCAAAGCGGACAGAAACUCUCCUAAAUCUUCAAACAUCUGCUAAAACAAUGUCGGACCCAAAGGAGGCACAAGAUGAUCAUGAAGCAACUCCAGAAAAUGCAGAGGACUCCAACCAUGACCCUCAAUUUGAGCCCAUCGUCUCCCUACCUGAGCAGGAUGUUAAGACCCUAGAAGAGGAUGAGGAGGAACUUUUCAAGAUGAGGGCAAAGCUGUAUCGUUUUGCCAGUGAGAACGACCCUCCCGAGUGGAAGGAGCGUGGGACGGGUGAUGUCAAACUCCUGCGACACAAAGAGAAGGGUACCAUCCGCCUUCUCAUGAGGAGAGACCGCACCCUCAAAAUCUGUGCCAACCACAACAUUAUGCCGUUGAUGGAGCUGAAGCCCAACGCAGGCAGUGACAGGGCCUGGGUGUGGAAUACACAUGCUGACUUUGCAGAUGAAAAACCCAAAGCAGAGAUGCUGGCUAUUCGAUUCCUUAAUGCAGAGAAUGCACAGAAGUUCAAGAUGAAGUUUGAUGAAUGCAAAGAAGAGACCAGAAAGUUUCUAGAAGGUAACAUGAACAGCCCUAACAAAGUGGCAGAGAAGCUGGAGGAGCUGUCUGUGAAAGAUGACAAGACAAAGAGUUCAGAGGACAAGAAAGAGGAGGUAAAGGAAGAGAAGAAAGAGAAGGCUGGUGAGGAGGAGGAGAAGAAAUGAGCCCGGAACGUCACUUCAUACGGAUGCUCCACUUGCCAUUUACCCCUUUUCUACAACAGACUCUGAAAUUGAAAAAUUGGACACUUUGUUUUUUUCUUUUUGGCCUCUUGACUUCACAAGACCUUGGUGCCACUCUUAAUGCGUCCAUUUCUCAAUCAUCAAGAUGUUGUGAGCUUUUGUCCCAUUCACAAACUCUCAUAUCGCCCUUCAUUUUCUCAUUCAUUGUGGACCAGUCGUCAGUCAUCAUGUAUUUGUGUAUUCACACGACAUGCUAUGAUACAAGGCUUGUGCUAUUGAUUGAUUCCCACAUUGGGUAACUUCUUUUGUUGUUUUUCUUUUGUACUUUAAAGAGUUAUAUUGUGAGCGUCUAGAUGAGCACUGUCUGAUAUGAGAGCGGGCUGUUUGAGUUGAUAGGGAGUAUGAGUAUCUGCGAUCUUUGACUUUUCCUAACAAUAAAGUCACAUGAGGAACAUUUGGCUUCUCUGUGGCUUGAAUUUACUAUUGUAUGACUAAAAUGAUUCAUUUUCUGUGGAGGGUUGCAUCUGUCAAAAAAAAAGACUGCUCUGAAUAACUGAAGGACGUUUUAUUAGGAGUAUGACCCUUCUAUUAUGAGUGUGACCCUCUUCUGUUUGAAUUGGAAAUCAAGAAAAUAAAGAAUGGUUGACUCUUAUCACUUGAGUGUGAAAAAAGCAGCGAGGUUUUAAAUAGUUGGAACCUGUUGUCAUAAUGCAUAUUAAGUGCUUUUUAAAAGAGAUAAGUAGGUACUGUAUCAUUUAAUGAAAUACGGUUUUCAUUCCAUGAGGGUUGUUACAACUUAAAUUCCAAGAAACAGCAUUGAUAAAGUUUUACAGGCCAUGUCUAAGGUUUAUCUUAUGUAAUACAACGACUGCAUGCACAAUAAUUUGGUCUCUUAGACAUUGUUUUGCUUUUUUUUUUAUUUUGAAUGUACAUUUUAGGAAUUUGAUGUGUUUGAACCGCACAUUUUCCACAUUCCCAGUUUGAGUAUUUUUUUAAUAAAAGCAGAAGGGUCCCUAAGUUGCAUUUGGCAUGUGAUGAAUGACUUGAAAUCUCACAUUUUAUAGUGGUUACUAAUUAUACAUCAUGUAAAAGGGUUGUAAUCAAAUUAAAGACUGAUGCUUUGUCAUA